AUGCCAGAAAUUGAUCUCAAUUAUUUAGACACGUCACAAAAAUUUGACCUAGAUUUGUCGAAAAUCAGAAUUGAUCACCUAAAUUCUGAAGAGAAAUCAGGGAUAGUUCAACUUUGCAGAGACCACAAAGAGCGUACAAAACUAUUGUAUUCAAAAAUAAAUUCUGAUCUCAUUCAAAACAAAGAGAAAACGCUAGAACGCGUUAACAGAGAUUGCGAUAGUUCCCAGGAAUCAUAG